UGUGGUCACCUUUUUCAAGCAAGAUUCAAGCAAGAGGAACUUUGGAAGAAAACGAAGCUAUAUCACCCGGACCAGUUUUAACGACGGACCGGAAAAAGCGUGGGGUUACAGAAGAGUUGUCCAUCGCAACUCGAAGCGUAUAAGGCUAUUUAGAAGCAGUCUGUCCUCACGCAAAAAUGUUCCGUAACGCAUCAGUACAGAUACUGAAACAGUUUGUUCGGCAUGGGACAACAGAUGCUAGCUUUAUAUUGGAGAGAUCUAUCAAUAAGGUGCAGUUGCUCGGGCGGGUGGGGCAGGACCCCGUCAUGAGACAGGUGGAGGGCCGGAACCCCGUCACCAUCUUCUCCAUGGCGACGAACGAGAUGUGGCGAUCUGGAGGAGAGGGAGUGGGCACGGGUGCAGACACAGGAGACGUCAGCCAGAAAACCACGUGGCACAGAAUCUCUGUGUUCAAGCCAGGCCUGAGGGAUGUGGCCUACCAGUACGUGAAGAAGGGGACACGGGUACUUGUGGAGGGGAAACUGGACUAUGGGGAGUAUGUGGACAAAAACAACGUCAGACGCCAGGCCACUACCAUCAUUGCAGAUAACAUUGUCUUUUUAAGUGACAAUGUGCGAGACAGACCGUAAAAUUCCUCUCUAUCUUGGACGGAAGUGAAACAACCGGAAGAGCUUUUUUUCUUGUUAUGUUAUUUUCUUAUUGUAGGAGUUUAGUGCCUGAAGUUCCAAGAUUGUGACUGACAUGCCCCCUGUGCACCAACAGGGGGCGCCAACAGACAGCACUUUGGCUUGUAAACACAUCUGCCACUGUACUAAUACAAGUACAAUUUUCGUCUGACCAUCUUUGUUUGGAUUCUAUAAACAAGUAAAUGUUUUCAAUGGUAAUUGUUCCCGUCAAGAUUCAGCCCAAACAAAUAUUAGGAAUUCCAUCCUGGUCUGACAUUAGCUGCUCCAGUGCUUCUGAAUGAUGUGAAAUGGCACUUUGUCAAAACUCUGUGGGAAAUCAAACCAAAAUGUAUAGGUUUUCUCCUAUCCUAUGUGCAAGAUGUAUCUAAAUGAGGAGACGCUGUGCUGUAAUGGUUCAUGCACGCUUUUUUCUUGCCUAGCAAUCCUCCAUUUGGACCAGGUGCUUUCUAACAGCAAAGUUCAUAGCCUAAUUAUAGACAAGUUGAAUACAACAGUGGCUAUGAUACUUUGUACUUAUGAAUCUUUCAGUUUUGUUUCUCGACCGGUGGUUUCAACACCUGGUGUGAGUUGCUUUGCAUAGUUUUGGUUUUAAGAGGUAAAUAUGGAUGUGUUCACUGGAAUAGCCAAACCAACCGUUUCUGUGAAAUCCGACUGUAUAUGGAAGAACCUCAUGUUAGGCACAGUGUCUAUAGACCAUGUUAAACCAAGUCCUUCUAUCUAUUAUGUGAAAUAUAUCCCUUUUUCAAUUA